AUGUCAACAAAUACAAGUUUAUUUAAUUGUUCCAGCCUUGACGGGGGCACAACUACUUGGUUUCCUUGUCCCGCCACAACCGCUACGAAGCAGACAACGACCACUUCGAAGGAGACGACAACCACCACCACUGCUACCACCACCACCACCACCACAUCACCAACUUCUACUACGACAACUACGACUCAAUCCACUGAUACGACUUCUACGAGUCCCACUCCAACCAGCCCAGAUGGCACAACGGGCCUUCCUUCUGAUACGUCCACCAGUGUGGAGGAAACUUCUACUGCUGUCCCGAACCCAGAUACAAGCGUUACCAGCUCUCUUCCUACAUCUUCACAGACAACAUUGCCCCUUCAUCAACAUGCAUCUAUCUCUACAGGUGCCACCGCUGGAAUUGCGGUCGGCUGUGCUGCCGCCGGCCUCAUCAUUGGCCUUCUCGCCGCUCUCUUACUGUUCCGCCGUCGAAAGGCCAGAGGGGCCGCAGACAUAACCCACGCACCUAUUCUUGUUGAGCCCAAAGAGCCUCCAUCGACGGAAUACCUUGACGGGAUUGGAUCUGUUGCUGGUACUCAGCUGGGGCAGUUUCUCCUCGAUGGAGCUCCUGACCAAGAAAUUGUCAGCGAGUUGCAAGCUCUGGGCGAGCUCAUCCGUCAGCAUGUGCAAGACUACUACACUCUUCAACCAGUGGACGCCAGUGUCGGAGAAUUGUCGCAAUCGCUUCAAAAUCUCGGAUUGGGAUCGAGUGGUUCGGGAUUGAGUACAGAGGAAAUUGUUACUUUAUGUUCCAGCAGCUAUUCUCGUCAGAUUGGCCUGCGUCACGUCAUUUCGACAGUCAUUUUUGGAAGCAUCGACUUUCACACUCGUAGCAGUCUGUCCAUGCUUCCCGGACCAGCUGCUGGGUUGCUUCAGUCUAUCCCCGGAGCUGAAUACGGUGGUAACAACAAUCUGGCAUUUUCCCAAGCUCUUCAGACAUGGCGUCGCCUCUCUGCUUUUCUCCUCCAUCAAAAUCGCAGCCAACGAACCUCUUUGCAAGUGGACGCCUUUACAGUUGCACCUCAAGCUCAAUUGGUUACCGACUCUCUAAACAGUUUCUUGAACGUCUUUGUUAUUCCAGGACAGAACAGUCACCAGACAAGCCAUCUCCAAGAAGUUGCGAUGGAAUGCGCAAAGCUUGGCUACGUCCUGUUCUCUCACCCGGUGGAUUGGAAGUUUACUUUUGAAGGGCUUGGGAGCAAUACGGCGGAUACGCGUGCCGUUGUAAUCUGCCCCGGCUUAGAAAAGUGUAGCGAUCGUGAUGGAAAUCCUUGUCGGCCGCCACGAAGGGUUGCAGCCCCGGUUGAGGCAGCUCUCUGA